AUGUUAUACACACACAAAGUGUGUUUGUUGAUAUAAUACAUUUUGAAAACAAAGCUUUUAUGUUUAGAACAAUAUUCGUAGAGUUUUUGCAAUAACAUAGCAAAUUAAGAUAUGUAUCAUAUUAUACACAUGUAAGAUACAUUGCGAUGUAUGCAACGAAAACAUAUUUAAUCUUGUUACUUUAGAAGCAAUACAAUAUUAUUAAAAUAUUUCAUUAUCAUAUAUAAAUAUAAUACAAAUAUCGAUAAUAUUAUAGUGAUAUUGUAUUAUAAUAUCUAACAUUAUUGAUUUAUUGCAAUUUUACUGUGAUAUAAUUUCGUAAUAGUAUGUGCGCUAUGUGAGCUGUUCAAAAGCGCGUUUUAUGCGCAUGAUUAAAGCAGAUAUUUUUAAGUGUGUUUCAGAACGCAUUACGUUUUUAAACAACUUUUAAGUUUUGAAAAUUAUUUUUAGNACAUUGUGAAUCGAAACCAAUCAAAUUAUUCAUCCGCACAAAAUGUGCGCAAGUGAAAGCAUUUUUGAAGAGGUGCGUUCGUGAGUGUUAUAACUUUUUGGAGAAGUUUGCCUUCAGUGACGCAAAACCUUGAUUUGUAGAAAGACGAAAAGAUGACNNUGUUUUAUAAUGAGUAGCAAGCUGUAUAUUUUGCAAGGUGGUGGAGCACUGGGUAUUUAAAAACUAGCUUCAUUGUCAGUUCCACGCAAUAUGUUUUGCUACACAAUGUGNAAGUGUUGGUUGGUUUCUUUUAUCUUGUUGUAUUUAUUAGCUACAACGUCAUGUCGAAAAACCGACCUGGACUCGUCUAUCAAUUUGAUGUUGCUUCGUAUUUUUCGAAAUUGGACUUACGAUACUUACGGUAAAACGGGAACUGAAGCACGGUACUUGCAAGCGGCGAAAACCGCAAAAAGAACGCAGACACCCGUUCCUAUUAACAUCUCGUUUCCUUGCGAUGUAACAAAUGGUCGAUCGCCGGAGGUACCGGAUUCUGUGCAUAAAUUAAGACCUGGUGAUAUUGAUGUUAUUGCCGCAAUGGGUGACUCGCUUACAGCCGCAGCUGGAGCUCUCGCGACUUCUAUAGUUCAUAUCUUAAUUGAAAACAGAGGAAUUUCAGCGUCUGGUGGAGGUCAAGCCACAUGGAGAGAAUUUUUGACUCUUCCUAACAUCAUUAAGGAAUUCAAUCCCAAUUUGAUAGGAUACGCAUUGGGUGAUUCUUUGACAAUCCAUGAAGCAUCGCAACUGAACGUCGCUGAAAGCGGAGCUACGUCCGAUGACAUGCCUUUUAUGGCCGAAACGUUAGUCACGAGAAUUAAAAAAGAUCCGAGAAUANAUUUGCAGAAGCACUGGAAGUUUAUCUCCAUUAUGAUCGGUGUCAAUGACNUGUGUAACGUAUGUACGGUUUCGUCACCUUCAUCAUUUCUUGAACAACACAAGGCCGAUCUUCUUCAAGUUUUGCGAACAUUAAGAGAUAAUCUACCACGAACUUUUGUGGCGGUGAUUCCGCCACUACAUUUAAAAGUAGUGGUCGAUUUGAUAGAGGAGAGCAGAAUAAAUCCAUCUCCACUCUGCUACUUUACAUCGACUUUCUUUUGCCCUUGCAUAUUCGGCCUCGCAUUUCGGCGCUUUAGGCCGAUAUAUUAUGAUCUUGCGAGAAAAUGGCAGGAAUUGGAUAUGGAAAUCGCCGCUUAUCCAGAAUUUCAAAAGAAUGAUUUCACAGUUGUGGCACAGCCUAUUCUGAUAAAUUUCACUUUGCCAGUCGAAUCAAAUGGACAUAUCGAUAUGUCAUCGUUAAGUGUGGAUUGCUUGCACCCCAGUCAAAAAUCCUAUGCUUUGUAUGCAAAUGGUCUGUGGAACAAUUUGUUAGAACCAGUGGAUGGUAAAUCGACGAACGUUUCUCUAUCAUUGUUUGAAAAGUUUCUCUGUCCAACACCGGAAAGACCUUAUCUGGCUACAAUGUUAAAUUCAAAAAAAUUAAAUUCUCACAAGUAAUGUUAAUAAUCCGACAUCAAAAUUAUCAAACUAUAGCGCCAUACAUUUUGCUUUAAAAUUUAAGAUAAAAUAAAAAUAGUAAAAUUAUAUUUUUUUUGUAUUGUAAAUAACAGAUUUUAAAGAAAACAAUAUAACACCAAUAUAACACCAGCAGCGUCUGUAUUGAUUUUGUUGAGUCUGCUUAAGUCAAAACGGUGCAUUUGAGCUUAUUGCCAGCGCUGCACUAGAGAUUUCGCUUAUUUGUAAAAUUUUUU